AUGACAGCUGCYCCAAAGGAGUGCGCGGGCACGGCCAYACCUGCGGACACUAAUYCUGGGAUUAAACCCGAACAUAAAGAGGACCUUGGAGAUCAGAAUGACACGCUACAGGAAGAGAUGGACACGCAUCAUAACAUUCUGACCCAGACCCUGAGCAGGAGCGCCUGCCGGCGGAUAGAGAGAGGGCAGCGGUACGCGGCAGGACUACUACACCGUAGAGACUUCACCUCGGGCCAGAGUGCAAGUGCGCCUGCAUCGCUCCUCCGUCGGCGCUCAAUCCUGCGGGGGGACUUCAGGUUGAAGCAGCUACGGGAAGCUGGGAAGGACAACAUCAAGCUCUCCUUGAUUACUGAAUUGCUGGAGGGAUCCUUCUAUGGCCUGGAUCUCCUGAAGCUCCACUCCGUCACCACUAAGCUCCUGGACCGUGUGGAAAACAUUGAAAAGAACCAAGCAGUCUCUCAGAACCACAGCCAGGAUGAGGCUGGUCCAGGCCAAGAGAAGAGACCCUCUAUCCAGCCACAGCAGGUGAAGGAGACACCACCCCCCUCGCUCCCCCUGAGGCAGGAGAAGAAGAGACUGAGUGAUGUGGCUACAGCCGAUCAGAAUAAMGAGGAGACGCAUGAGGAGAGAUUUAAUGGAGGCCAUGAGUCCUCCAGACCCUUAAUUAAGACAGAUGCUUCAGGACCAGGACCCAGCCCCACCCCCCAGGUGACUGCYCAGGUGAUCCCAGAGGUGACCCCCCAGGAUGGGGCCAGCCAAGAGAGCCAGGGGGUGUCCCAGGGGGUGAAGACUGGCCCCAAAGGGAUGGUGAUCAGGGGGAUGACCUUCUACAAAUUUGACCAAAUGGUGGCUGAUGACGGGGAACCAGGGGAGAAUUUCUUUGAGUAUGAUACGUUCAGUGGCGACGGCCCAGUCAACCUCCUCAUCGAGGAGCAGCUUAUCCAGCACAGAGCCCCUCAAAGAGCCAAAGAGAAGGCGGGACCAAGAGCUGCUUGGCCAAAGAGCAGAGACCAAGUGGGAGGGGCCAGUCAGAUCAGCCAAUCAACACAUGCCAUCCAAACGCAACCCGACACUGUAACAACAGUGACUUCUAUGACGACUGCAUCGCCCACAGGACAUACAGCAGAGGACCAGACGGUCACCGCCACCAGGAACGCUGAUAUUAACUCAACUAUGGCUGAGACCACUGGUCAGACCACCACUAGAGGAACUGAGAGGCCCGCCCCCAUGAUGGUCAAACCAGCCAGCAUCACUCAGACCACAGAGGGACCAGUCACUACAACAACCACUCAGGUAUCCAAGGAGACCAUGAGGCGGACGACAGUCAGACCGACUGACACACCUGUCAUGGCCUUGGAAAGCACUGGUUUGGAAUCACUAAGGGCCUUGGAAGUGAAAAACAAAAGACCAUCAGAGACGAUUGCAAGCACUAGUACAGUCGACAAGCUCAACACUCAACGACUAACAAUAACUACAGAGGCUUCGACCAUCAACACAAAGACCACUACAGUUGGCACGACAACUGCUGCCGUGACAAUAACUCCUAAAACGCCCACAACAACGGUUUUGCUAGCGACUACUACAUCGCCAAUGGAAAGGUUGACUUUGUCUCCCACAACACAGAGGCAGACCACCCCCUCCUCCACUAGACCACCAGCCACCGCCACCACCACCACCACCACCUCUACUACCACCACCAUUGGCCAGCCUCAACCUGCCAGACGCAGAUACAGCAUCAGCUGGGAGGAGGAGGGGGGGAUCCCUGAGGACCCAAAGGAACCAGGGCAACAAACAUCCACCAGGAAGCUUGGAGAGUGUAAGGACACUCUGUCCACCAUCUCUGAGCCGGUCCUCCAUAACACCUACGGCCGGAACGAGGGGGCCUGGAUGAAGGAUCCUCUGGCCAACAACGACAAGAUCUACGUCACUAACUACUACUACGGAAACAACUUGCUGGAGUUCCGCAACAUGGAGACCUUCAAAUCAGGCCGCUUCACCAACUCCUACAAGCUUUCCUAYAACUGGAUCGGAACGGGACACGUGGUCUACGACGGAGCCUUCUACUACAACCGCGCCUUCUCCCGUGACGUCAUCAAGUUCGACCUGCGUCUGCGCUACGUGGCGGCCUGGACCACRCUGCACGACGCCGUGUUCCACGAUGUCUCCACGCCAUGGCAAUGGCGAGGUCACUCUGACGUCGACUUCGCAGUGGACGAGAGCGGCCUGUGGGUCAUCUACCCUGCACUGGACGACGAGGGCUUCCUACAGGAAGUGAUCGUCCUGACGCGGCUGAACCCCUCUGACCUCAGCACCCAGAGGGAGACUACCUGGAGGACAGGCCUCAGGAGGAACCGCUAUGGGAACUGCUUUAUCGUGUGUGGCGUCCUGUACGCCGUCGACAGCUACAACGAGAAGGACGCCAACCUGUCGUACGCCUUCGACACGCACACCAACACCCAGAUGGUUCCCAGGAUGCCCUUCACCAACAACUACACCUACACCACACAGAUCGACUACAACCCCAAGGAGGGAAAGUUGUACGCGUGGGACAACGGACACCAGGUCACAUACAACGUCGACUUCGCCUACGUUUACCCCUUGUGACCUUCUUUGCGAGGAAUUGGAAAACCGCC